CGUUUCCUUUGAAAAAAACCUCCCCUCUCAUUCUCAUUCCAGAACACAUAUAAAUACACACGCUUUGCUUUUAAUAUAAUCUUUUUUUUUGAUGCCUUAGAGACGAAGCCAUUAAUCCUCUCUCUCUCUCUCUCUCUGCCAAAAUCGAUCUCUUCAGGGAUAGUAAGCUAAUGGCAACUGCAACUAUGGCCACCGCAGCCGGUGCAGCUGCUCUCUUGUAUUACACAUUGAACCGCAAGUUACAGACCGGCGGUGAUGAUGACGAAGGAGGUGGUGGUGGCUUGCCCGAUCAGGCGCCUUUGGGAAUCGACCGCGUUUCCAAUAGGUUAAUUCAGGCCCCUGCUACCUGGUUGGAGACUAUUUCCACCUUGUCUGAGACUCUUAGGUUUACUUACUCUGAGACUCUCGGCAAGUGGCCUAUAGGAGACUUGGCUUUCGGAAUCAGCUUCCUUCUCAAGAGGCAGGGAAACUUACUUGUUGAUGGUGUAUUUGGUGGAGAAGAAAGUCAACAGCUAAAGGGGCCUGAAAUAGUAGAGGAACUUAAGUACCUCUUAAACUUAUUAACACUGUGUUGGCACUUUUCCAAGAAACCUUUUCCUUUAUUUUUAGAGGAGACAGGUUAUUCUGAAGAGAAUGUCCUUCUUCAGGAACCCAAAGCAGGAAUCUUGAAGCCUGCUUUUACAAUUCUGGUUGAUCAUGACCAAAAAUGCUUUCUCUUGUUGAUUCGUGGAACCCAUAGUAUCAAGGACACUUUAACAGCGGCAACAGGGGCUGUUGUACCUUUCCAUCACAGUGUUGUGCAUGAGGGAGGGGUCAGUGAUCUAGUUUUGGGUUAUGCACAUUGUGGAAUGGUUGCAGCUGCAAGGUGGAUUGCAACGCUUGCAAAACCGCGUCUUCUAGAAGCGCUUGACCAAUAUCCUGGCUAUGAACUUAAGAUUGUAGGGCAUUCUUUGGGUGGAGGCACUGCAGCUCUUUUAACAUAUAUAUUGCGUGAGCAGAAAGAACUGGCAACAACCACUUGUGUGACAUUUGCUCCAGCUGCCUGUAUGACAUGGGAAUUGGCAGAAUCAGGCGCUAAGUUUAUUACUUCCGUUGUUAAUGGUGCUGACUUAGUGCCCACCUUCUCUGCUGCAUCAGUGGAUGAUUUACGUGCUGAGGUAACUGCAUCUGCUUGGCUAAAUGAUCUGAGAAAUCAGAUAGAGCAGACAAGAAUCCUUAGCACUGUCUAUCGUUCUGCUUCAGCUUUGGGUUCACGCCUUCCAUCCAUUGCCACUGCUAAAGCAACGGUUGCAGGGGCAGGGGCGAUUCUGCGCCCUGUUUCCAGUGGUACACAGGUUGUUAUGAGAAGAGCUCAGAGCAUGGCAGCAUGGGCACGUCCUAACCUUCGCUUAUCAUCAUGGAACUGCAUGGCUCCUCGUCACAGAACCUCAGCUGUCUGUUCAAAUUCAAAUGAUGAGGCAAGUUCUGCAGAGUCCUCAUGUGGCCACACUGAGACUUCUGAGCCUCUCCUUACGUCUCCUAAGACAAGGAUGAGCUCAAGUGUCAUUGAAAGCCUUGACCUUCCUGUAUCUACAUCUGUAAGAAUGGAGUGGACUUCGGAGAUUGGAUGCUCUAUUUCUGAUAGUGGGAUGCGUCCAGAUACUGAUGACGAUGUCGGUAAUGAAGGUGACCAUGAUAGACAUGAAGAUCGCAUGACUGAAGCUGAAUUGUGGCAACAACUUGAGCAUGAACUUUAUGAUAGAACAGAAGGUGAGGAGGCAGAUGUAGCAAAAGAAAUAAGGGAAGAGGAAGAAGCGGCAAGAAGGGAAGAAGUAAACGAAGCGUCAAUAAGGGAAGAAGAAGAAGCGGCAAUUGCAGAGGUAAGCAAUGGCCAGCCGGAGAGCUCUUUUCCAGGAAUGAAGGAAGCGCACAGAUUUUUUCCUGCAGGCAAAAUCAUGCAUAUUGUUACCCUUCAUAGUGGUGCUGCUAAUUGUGAAAGUGGCAGCCCUAGCUCCAGUGGCUCGGAUGAGCAGCAGCAGCCAGAAGAGACUAGGAUUGGUAUUUUCCUCACUCCAAGAUCUCUGUACAGUAAGCUGAGGUUGUCGCAAACAAUGAUCAGUGAUCACUUCAUGCCAGUCUAUAGAAGACGGAUUGAGAAGCUGAUAAAAGAAUUUGAGAAAGAAGCAGCUUCCAUUGGAGAGGUAGUAUUAUAGGGAGAGGGAGCUUGAAAUGGUAGUUUGUGUAUAGGGGUGUCACAGAAGGGCCGUAAAAAGCCCCCACAAAUUUUGAACCCGAGCUGCAUUGAGAUAACAGCCCUCCAUUGCAUUGCUGCAAUAUAGAAAUCAUGGUGAUCUGAACAAUUAAAGAACCUGAUGGGUGAAAAGUACUUUUGGAUUGUGGCUGCUCAUGUGCAUCAGUUUUGCUGGGACAAUGUGUUCUUUCACUUAAACAUAUAUGCUGUAAAUAAGUUGUUGUUUUACAAAUUACAAUUGAUUCAUUUGUUUUUGUUUAUAGGGUAGUCUUACUGUUGACCUGUUUAACCUGUGAAUUAUACCAUAUGCUCCAACAUGUUGCUAUAGCAUCCCAUUCUCCUCUUUUCAUAAUUCAUAGUAUCCUUCUUUUA